CGCUUAAAUACGAGCUGCUUGCAGUUGCAAACUUAGUGCAGUGCCAGAUUCAAGCACUGCAAAUGGGCGACAUUAUGUUUGCAAAUCUGUAUUGCUUGCUGCUGCUCGUUGUCUUUGCCAACGCGGCGCCGUCGGAAAAGAUAACUGGUCUUAUUGAAGGAGGCACCUUUAGUUUGAUGCCUCUUGUUGGCGACAAAUUCUUAUUGAGAACCAUCCGGGAUGGCGCUGUGAAAGGAGAGAUCGUGACACAGAUCAAUCCUGAAGAGUUUCGAGUGAGGUGCUCCACCGUCAAGUCAAUUCCGUACGGACGUUUUGUUAUUACCUAUGAUCAGACUCUCAAGGUGUAUAAUGCAAGCUUUAAUUGUGAAAAGUCAGAGCUUCCAUCUGGGCGCGGUGGUACUCUAAGCGGAGGUUGUUUAAAAUGUACUACAGGUUAAACGAAAUGAAGCUUACCAAAGAUUAUGCCCAAUAUAAAAGUAAAAAUGUUUUAAUAAUA